AUGCACUCCGUCUCGCUCUCCUCCGACCAGGGCGACGACGAGCAGCACGUGCAGACCUACCCGCUCGACACGGACAGAGACAGCCUCGCCGAGAGCUUCGAGGACGUCGCCGUGCCCGCCUCCUACCGCGAGCACGCGCCGAUAUCGUAUUCAGCGCGUCGCGUGCCGCCGCCGCCCUCGCCGAUCCCCGUCCCGCUCCCGCCGCCGCUGCCGCAACGGCAGGCCAGCGCGCCGGCUGUUCCCGCACAGGCACAGCGGAACUCGCCGAAUACGACGGGCUCGAGCACGGGGAGCGCGUCGAGGAGGGUGCCGCCGCCGCCGCCGCCCGGCCCGCUGCCGUACGUCGCGCGCACGCGGACACCGAGCACGUCGCGUCCGCCGAGCGUGCGCUCGUUCGCAUCGGGGUCCUCCGCGCCGCCCAUGCCGCCCUCACGCUCCACAUCUAUCUCAUCCGUAUCGACGACGAACACACACAUCCCUCCGCAUUUCAGUCCCGCGUUGACUGUGCAGGGCACAGGAAGCUCGGGUAUCUCGGUCUCUGGUUUGAACCGCGGACGUGCACCGCCUAUGCCGCCCGCGGCACGUGCGCGGUACGAUAGGGUGUUCGACGCGAACUGGCGCGCGAGCGUUGCGCGGCCGAGUAAGAAGGCGAAGACGGGGAAGGAGGGCGGGGAUGGGAUGUUGAGCGUUCCGGGGGCUGAGACGCCUAGGACGAGGAAGGGGUGGAGAGGGCUGAGCGUGGAUCUGAUUCCGGCGGAUAAUCCGGCGUUGGCGGGGGAUGGUGCGGAUGGGAAUGCGAGUGAGAAGGCGGGGGCGAGGGCGAGGGAAAAGGAGGAGGUCGUGCCGCCUGAUGCGAGGUUGCCGAGUGGGGUCGUGAAGAGGUUGUGGAGUUUGAGUAGGCUGGACAAGGCGCGGUUGAAGGACAUAUGGGACUCAGUAUCCGACCCCGCAAAACCCGCCUCAGAACGAAAAGGCGGGCUCACAAGAGACGCCUUUGCUCGUGGAAUGUGGGCCAUAGACGACGACCUCCGCCGGGCGAAGAUCGGCACGCUUGCAGGCAAGCGACGACAGGCUACACGAUGA